CUCGCUGAACUUCCGCAUCAAUGCUGUUGGUUGCCAGGCAGACAUUCGAGCCGCCUUCCACCAGAUCGUCCUGAAGGAGGAGGACAGGCGCUACGUGCAGUUCCUGUGGGGAGACCGCCACCUGCGCUUUCAGAGGGUCCUGUUCGGCGAGCAGCGUUACGAGAUGGGUCUGCUCUGGAAGUCGGACAGCAGGCCGGCCUCCAACCUGACGUCUACGGAGCUACGCACCCGACGUCUGGUCUCCAAGAUGAGUACCGACGAGCUCGACAGGUAUGAUCGUCAUAUCUCCGAGUUGAUUGUGAACGGUGUGGUUGAGGAUGCCCCUCUCACAGAUGACCCUGAUGACGCCUUCUUCCUGCCGCACCGGGGUGUUGUCCGGGGUGAUAAACUGAGAGUGGUUUUCGACGGGUCCGCUCCUGAUGCCACCGGGAGGAGCCUGAACGAGUACCUGAGCCCGGGGGAGAACCUGUUGAGCCGUCUUCCCUCUGUCUUGCUGAACUUCCGCAUCAAUGCUGUUGGUUGCCAGGCAGACAUUCGAGCCGCCUUCCACCAGAUCGUCCUGAAGGAGGAGGACAGGCGCUACGUGCAGUUCCUGUGGGGAGACCGCCACCUGCGCUUUCAGAGGGUCCUGUUCGGCGUAUCCUGUUCGCCGUACAUGCUGUUGCGCACUGUGUGCUGCCAUGUCCGCCAGUGCCUUGUCUCCCAGCCGGAGCUGAUGCAGAAGGUGCAGGGAGCGCUCUACAUGGACGACCUGUGCCCGACGUUCGGCACCAGAGAAGAGGCGGCUGCUGGGAUGAAGGAAGUCAGCAGCGUCUUCAGCAAGGCCAGGAUGGAGCUGCACAAGACCCGCACCACAGGUGAUGUGUCCUCCGAGGACUCAAAAGUGUUGGGUCUGGCGUGGAACACCGAGACUGACCGACUCGCUGUGACCGUGCCUGAGAUGUUGUGUCCUCGCACCAGGAGUGAGCUUCUGUCCGCAGUGGCAAAGCCGUUUGACCCGUUGGGCCUGCUCACCCCGUGGCUGGUCAGAGGGAAGGCUCUGUUCCAGCGGACCUGGUCGGUGGAGCUGACGUGGGACGAGCCGCUGCCCGAUGCGCUGCAAGCAGAGGUCGCCGCCUGGUGGCAAGAUUCUGCCGGCAGCACAGUCUCCUUCCCGCGUGCUGCGAUGAUCGGUGAGACCAGUCUGGGCACGCAGUAUCAUGUCUUCUGUGAUGCCUCCAAGACCGCCUACUGUGCCACUGUGUACGUCUCGCAGGGUGGGGAGUCACAGUUGUUGAUCUGCAAGGGACGACUGGCGCCGAUCAACCCGAGCCUGACUGUCCCCCGGCUCGAGCUGAUGGCGGCGCUGACCGGGGCCCGACUUAUGGCCUUCGUGACUGAGUCACUGUGUCUGUCAGCACCCAGUGUGACGUACUGGACUGAUUCGACAGAUGUCUUGUGUUGGAUCAAGAGUGACAAACUGUUCCGCGUGUUUGUUCACAACCGUGUGACUGCCAUCAGAGAGCUGACCGAUCCUGACCGCUGGCGGUUUGUCCGGGGGCUUGAGAACCCAGCCGACCUGGGUACGAGGGGCAUCACCCUGUCUCAGCUCGCAGAGUCUGCGAAGUGGUGGAACGGCCCGCCGUUCCUCGUGACCUCUGACCUGCCUCCUCAGCCAGACCCGGUGGAGACGGUGAGCCCUGAGGCCGACGUGGAGGAGAGGAGGGUGGCUCCUGUGACUCGUAGCCACCCUGUGAUGCAGAACGUGCCGUCGGUAGAGACUGCUGAUGACGCGUUCCAGGCCACCGAUUUCUCAGAUCUUGGAGCCGCCGUGAACAGGAUCGCAUGGCUGAAGAGGUUCGUCCACAACGCCCGGAGUCCUGAGACUGAGCGUCAGUCCGGACCGCUGUCGCCAGAGGAGAGAAGAGAGGCGCUCGUGUACUGGAUCCGGGAGGCCCAGCGGCGCGCCUUCCCGGAGGAGCUGCGUGCGGUGAGAAACGGGACUCUGCUGCCGGUGAGUUCCCCGUUAGCCAAGUGUGUCCUGUGCAUCAGCGACGAUGGACUGUUGUGUUCCGUGCCAAGGACCAAUGAGCCGCCGCUGAUCGUUCUCCCGGAGUGGGCACAUAUCACUGUGCUGAUCGUUGACGAGGCGCAUCGCCGCUGUUUUCACCAGGGAACGAGAGUGACUCUCGCGCUCCUGUCGGGCGAGUACUUCAUCCGCAGGAGGACGGUGCGCCGAGUGCUGGGGACCUGCUUCAGGUGCCGGCGGUACAGAGGACUGCCCUACCGAGCUGCGGACGGCCGUCUGCCUGCAUUCAGGUCAGAAGUCUCGCGCCCAUUCUCCAAGGACCUGGCGUAACCGGCGCCGUGUGAGUGACCGUCUCGUCCGUCGGUGGACGACCGAGUACCUCGAGACGCUGAGAGGCUGGGCCGCGUCACC